AUGGUGGCAUCAAGAUGGAUAAGGAUAACACGAGUUGCCCGUUCAUAUCCCCGUUGGGUAUGGAAUAAUUGGCCCGUACAUUUCGUUGGUGUUGUAUUUUGUUUUGUUCCGAUGACUGUUGUUGUCAUCUAUGAUAUCUUCAAGUACGGCUUGGGAUAUGAUUCUAUGCCUUAUUAUCGGAAAUAUUACCAUGUCGUGCGCCCUGAUGAUCCUAUUGCUGUACAAUGGAGACCGCCUGAAGACUACCCAGCACCAUUUGAAACGAACCGCGCGAAUCGUUGGCCAACUUCCUACUGGAAAGAUUAUGGAUUUGGCUUGAGAAAAUGGAAGGACUAA